AUGAGCCGUGGUCAGAAAUUUGGUCGAUUACUUCGGCUUUUGGAGCGAUGCUCGGAAAGAGUGGCUUAUUAUGAGGAGAUUGGGAGUGCUGUUCAUCGAAUUCGUCGAAUCGAAUCUAUAAUGACACCAUUGGAAUUUCGUCCAUACGGUGUGUUCGACGAUAGAAUCCAUGUGGUGGAUUUAGUUGCAAAGCAAUAUUUAGAAAAGGCAGCGACUGAUGUGCAGCAUCUUAUUCCAGUAGAUGUUGAUGGUGACGGAAACUGUUUAUACCAUUCUAUUCUUCUGUUAAUGAAUAAUUCAACAUUAACGACAAGUGAACUACGAGUUCGCACGAUUAUUGAACUGGUAACGAAUCAAGAUUUUUAUGGAAAUGCUUAUACAUAUGUGGUCCAACCUAUUGACAUAGCUAUUAAAGCUAUAUGCAGAAAUCGUACAUAUUCUGAAUUAUAUGAAAUUUGUGCUUUAUGCAGUAUAUUGAAAUGCAAUAUACGAAGUGUGUAUCCUGAAAUUGAUUUUCGCGAUGAUAUGGCUGUCAUGAAUAGCAUAUUUCAACCUAUUCCACCAAUCGUCGCUAAUUAUCAAGUCGCGAUUUUGUGGUGCAACCUUUGGAAAGAAAUGGAUGUGCGUGCGGUGAAUAAUAGCACAUGGAGUCCGAAUCACUUUGUUUCACUUUUGUUGCCUAGUUUACAGUCUGGAUCUAGUAGCAGCAAUCACAGAAUAUCACUGGCUAAAACUCCUGAGAAGAAAACGGUUAAAAAUAACGUUGUUGCUCAAAUACGUCUGUCCGACUUUGAAUCGUCUCCUAGUAGACGUUUACGUAGUGACAGCCGCAUGAGCGGUGAUCAGAUUCAAUUAAUCAAUUUGGACGCAAUCGAACAGCAUUCGAAAGAUGAUGAACCAAAACGUCAAAUGCGACUUUCUAUUUUAAGAGAACGUGCUCGUUCAAGGCGAAAUAGUGAGACAGAUCAACAACGUCAAGAUCGGCUCGUGAAAGUUAAAGAACGCGCUCGAUCAAGACGAGCAAGUGAAGUUGAAGGACAACGUCAAAAUCGACUUGAUCAAAACAAAGAACGUGUCCGAUCUAUUCGAAUGAAUGAAACUUUGAAUGAAAGUGAAAGUCGACUCGAAGAGAACAGACGGCGUGUUGAGUCUAUUCGAAUGAAUGAGACGGAGACUGAACGUGAAAGUAGACUCGAACAGAAUAGACAAUGUGUUGAGUCUAUUCGAAUGAAUGAAACAGAUGAAGAGCAUCAAAUUCGAAUUAAUCAUCAACGAAUACGAAGUCAAGCAAACAGAACCAACAAAAGACUAGACAAGGAAACGUCUGAUAUCACCGAUAUUCAAGGACAUAGUAUUCAUGCACACUCAAGCAGAAAUCGAAAUAAUUUUCGUAAUGUUGGUGGCUCUACAAAUGAUUUUUUUCUAAAUGAAACAAUGACAAGUAUUCAAAAAAACCAAACUUCUUCAGCAUGGCCUGCACCGAUUCCUACUGCGUUAAAAGAAGCUUGCUUGCAGCAAUUUCUUCAAAGAAUGUCUAUGUCAGCACUAGCUGAAGUUACUUGUGCAAUCUGCAAUAUUCGUACUCCAGAACAACAAUCAAAAAAAAUAGCAACAUCGGAAAUACCUCAUCUACAUUUACUCAAAGUUUCCGAUUGA